CUUGGUCCUGACUGUCACUCGCACCACAGAAGACCGCAUACCAUGUCGCCAAAGGGCCUUGCUGUCCUGGGAUCGGGUAUCUUUGCGAAGGAGGCUCAUCUGCCAGCCAUCGCCGCACUCGACGGCGGUGUCGUAGAGCUCAGGGCGAUCUAUUCAAGAUCUGAAAAGAGCGCCUCUGAGUUCGCGCAGGCGGCGAAGGAGAAGCUCAGUCUCGCUCAACCUCCGAGUAUAUACUAUGAUGGUGACUCCGCGACGAAUCUCGACGCUCUGCUGGCACGCUCGGACAUCGAUGCCGUCGUCAUCGCCCUCCCAAUCACCGUCCAGCCAUCGAUCGUGCGCAAGUGUCUCGCUGCAGGCAAGCAUGUCCUGAGCGAGAAGCCUGUCGCACCAGACGUCGCAGGCGGCAUCGAGCUCAUCCGCGAGGUAGACACGACGUACAAGCCCAAAGGCCUCGUCUGGCGCGUCGCUGAGAACGAAGAGUUUGAGCGUGGAUGGCACGUCGCUGCGAAAGCCAUCCGCGAUGGCAAGAUCGGCAGGAUCAACUCAUUCAGUGCUCGAGUUGUAAACUAUGUCGCAAAGGACAGCAAGUGGUACAAUACCCCAUGGCGCACGGUGCCUGACUACCAGGGCGGUUUCUUGCUCGACGGUGGUGUCCACACGGUCGCUGCUCUGCGGAUUCUGCUCCCGAGCCCCAUCGUAUCCCUGUCUGGCUUUGCGUCGCAGAACCGGAAGCAUCUCCCGCCGCACGACACGAUCAACGCCGCCGCGCGCACCGCGGACGGCGUCCACGGCACCGUCGAGCUCACCUGGGGCGCGCCCGUGCCCUCACGCCGCGAUCAGGGGAACGAUGGUAUCACUAUCACCGGCGAGGACGGCUGGAUAGCCAUCAACGGCGUGAACCUUGGCAGCGGGCGCGCCUACCGUAUCUCAGUCUACAGUGUCACCAAGGACGAGCAGGGGCGCGACAUCGGCGAGGAGAAGCAUGUCUUCGAGGAGGAGAUGCGUGGGGUUGAGCUCCAGCUGGUCAGCUUUAUCAAGGCCAUCGACGGCGAGGACGACGGCUUCGGUUCGCCCCUCGGCGCGCUCAAGGAUGUUGCGUUCAUCCAGGCCGGCUUGAACAGCGACGGGCAGCCGGUUGACCUCGUCAAGCUCGUGCAGGGAUGAUCAUCGAACAGAAAGUGAAACGAAGGCUCGUGUGCACACAAACUAAAGUCAUGUAUAUCACACCUAUCACCCCGUGUUCGUUCAUGCAUGUUCGUGUCGGGUG